AUGUCAAUUCAACUUCGUGAUCAACUUUGUGACUACAACUUUCUGACCACAACUGUGUGGCACACCUGCGGGCCCCGCCUCGGCACGUGGCGCGGCACCGGCGUCUGGGACUACGGCAACGGCGGGCCCCCCGUGGGCGCGUGGUCGGGCACCGGGACCUGGGACGCCGAGCGCGGCCAGUUCGUCGGCGACGUCUGGAAGGGCCCUCCCUUGGUGUCCGGCCAGGGCGAGCACUGGCAGGGUGGCCAGGGCGGCCAGGGCGGCAGCUACUGGACCAUGGGGUCCUCGACGGACUGGAACAGGCCGCCGUCGGGGUACAACAGCCACGGGUCGCCGCUGGGGCACCAGGGCGGCAGCGCGCCCCAGGCCGGCGGGUACACGCCUUGGGCGCCGCCGCCGCAGUCGGGCAACCAGGGCUACUACUACUACUACGUGGACAACAAGCCGGCCUCUGGGGGCGGGUACAACGGUGGAGGCAGCGGCGGCGGCGGCGGCUGGGGCGGCAGCUACGCCUCCGGCUGGAACAACUACGGCACCCACGGCACCGCCUGGGACAGGCGCGACCCGCCCAGGCCGGGAUCUGGGAGCAGCGGGUACCCGUCGUCGGGCGGCCAUCCUUCCUACCCGGUGGGGGGCGGCAGUGGCGGCAGUGGCGGCAGUGGGUCGUGGAGCUCCGGUGGCAGCCAGUACCGGCCUGGUGGAAGCAGUUACCCUUCGGGAGGGAGUAGCUACCCUUCCGGUGGAGGCGGUUACCCCUCUGGAGGAAGCAGUUACCCUUCGAGUGGAUCCAGCUACCCGUCUGGGGGUAGCAGCUACCCGUCCAGUGGGACCAGCCGCCCGCCCAGCAGCAGCUACCCCAACAGUGGAACUAGCCCCCCUCCCAGCAGCUACCCUUCCGGCGGCUCCAGCUACCCCUCGGGAGGCAGCAGUUACCCGGCAGGAGGAAGCAGCAGUUACCCGUCGACCGGGAACAAGUAUCCGUCAGGUGGGAGCAGUUAUCCGUCUGGAGGAAGCAGUUACCCCAGCAGUGGCACCAAGUACCCGUCUGGGGGCAGCAGCAGCUAUCCCGCUGGGGGCAGCAGCAGCUACCCUGCCGGUGGAAGCAGUGGUUACCCUUCAGGAGGAAGCAGCAGUUACCCCGCCGGUGGAAGCAGCGGCUAUCCAAGUGGAGGAAGCGGCAGCAGUUACCCCGCUGGAGGGAGCGGCAGCAGUUACCCGGCCGGUGGCAGCAGUAGUUACCCAUCUGGAGGAAGCAGUGGUUACCCUGGAAGCGGCAGCCAUCAUUCAGGAGGAGGCAGUAGUUACCCGGCAAGCCCGGGCUGGCCAUCACCAGGGGGCAACAGUUAUGGUGCUGGAGGUAACAGCUAUCCUUCAGGAGGUAGCUCUUACCCUGCUGGACCCAGUUACCCUCAGGGCGGCAGCAGCGGCAGCAGUUACCCGGCUGGCGGAGCGAGCGGCGGCUACUACCCGCCCAAGGGUGGCUCGGCGGGGUGGUCUUCGGGCGGUAGUUCGUCUCGUCCGCCGCCUCCUGGGUACCAACCCCCCGUCAUCCCUCGCUUCCCCUCCUCUGGUGGGGGCUACCCGUCCGGAGGGGCAGCACCACCGCCAAGCUACCAACCCGGCGGCGGCUACCAACCAAGCGGCGGAUACCAGCCUAGUGGUGGCUACCAACCCAGCGGCGGCUACCACCCAGGCGGCGGCUACCAAUCAGGAGGCGGCUACCCUCAGCAAGGCGGCUACCCGCCGCCCGGCGGCAGCCCGUACAACCCUCCGGGGGGCGUGUCCGGCUACUCCGACAGGCGUCACUACGAAGACGCGUACUCCAGGGGGCCUGUCGGGGCGGGCCCCGCGCUGCCGCCUGGACCGCCUGGACCGCCUGGUCCUCCCGGGCCUCCGAACCGCUACCCCGGCAGCGGCCAGGCCACGGCGGGUACCUGGAUCCUGGUGGCCGGCUCCGGAGGUUACUACCCCGACCAGGGCGGCAGGCAGGACGGCGGCUACCCCGGGCAACCAGGCCCUCCCCCAGGACACCCUAUGCCGCCAGGACCUCCUGGUGGCAACUGGCCUCCAGUUGGCCCGCCUCCCGGUGGCAACUGGUACCCUGGCGACGCAGGCCGCUACCCCGACCAGGGCGGCGCACCCCCGCAGGGCGGCUACCCGGACAGGGGCGGCUACCCCGAUAGAGGCGGCUACCCGGACCGAGGAGGCUACCCGCCAGCACCAGGCAGUGGCGACAGGUACGGCGGCGGCGGCGGUCUCCAUGUGCAGGGCAACUACCAGGAGACGGGAUACCCUCCCGCCGACGGCCACGGCUACGGUAGCCACGCUGGCGGCGGCAACGGCUACGGAGGCGGCAGCGGCAGCAGCAGCGGAGGCGGCUACGGAGGCGGCAGCGGGGGCAGCAACGGCGGCGGCUACGGAGGCAGCAGCGGGGGCGGCAGCAGUAGUGGAGGCGGCUACGGCGGCGGCGGCGGCAGUGGUGUGUACUACCUGGACCGAGACAACCCCCACUACCACCAGCAGACCGGGGGCACAGGUGGCGGCAGUGGCAGCAGUGGCGGCGGCACCGGCAGCACCUCGGCCUCCAGCUCCACGCCGCCCAGCAGCAGCAACUUCUUCCAGGGCACCACCAAGUCGUACCUGUACGACCGGAACAAGGACAAGGACGGCACCUCGGCGGCCACCACCACCAACGGCGUCCCUAGCGAGGCGGAGUCCACGCCACCGGUGGACGCGGCCGAGAGCACGGGGGCGACCACCUCGACGAAGCCCAACGCCGACACGACCAGCAGCUAGCGCAGCUAGCGCAGCUAGAGGGAGGGAGAGGGAGGAGCCCCGCGAGGGAGUGCGACAGGACAGAGUGAGACGGAGAGCGCGAAAGACAAGGGGGCCGGGCGUCUCGAUGGAGGCGUCGACGUCGAUGCGACAAGACAGCGUAGACAGCGGCAUCAAGUGUUGGAACGCCUGCCACACUGGGAAUGCAGUCCCGCUCGGUGCGCCCGUCGGGGUGGAUGCCUACCCUCUAGGCGCCCAGCCCAGCCUGUGUCUAGCAUUUCUGUGGGCUGAGCCAGUAAGGCUGACACCAGGUCUGCUGCCUUGAGUAGUGUUGUGUUCUCAAUAUACAUGCCCAUAAUUCAGUGAAAUUUUUGGAAGAGUAUUUGCAAUGAGCCAAAUUUAGAGUGGUAAUUAAAUAAGUCUUAGCAGGAGAUGUUGGAACAUUUGUCUAGUUUCAUUUUUUAAUAUCAUUGUAAUAACUUCUGUGAAGCGUUUCAAUUUUGGUCUGAUCUCAGGUUCUUACACUGAGGCAGCACAACUCCAGAAAAAUUUGUGUUGUAUCAUGUUUUGUUUUAAUUGCAAAGAUUUGAGUUAAAGGUGCAAUUUGCAAAAAAAAAUUUGGGCUCCAGCUUUGUGAAGUUCCUACUGAUAAGUAGCUCCUUAGAUAUGAUCCUAUAUUUAUUUAGAUUGUACUUGUAAGAAAAUAAGUGAUCGGCCCUGAUCUCAUCUAUUUUUCCAGUUUAUGAAAUUAGGUUGUAUUUAUAUUUGUAGCUCUCCCAUUUGCCAUAAUCAUUCAAAUUAAAACCGAAACACUGAUGAU